CUCAAUAUGUCCAGCAGAUGUCAGUAGUAACCACGAGCAAGGCAAGAUGGCAGCCACCAUGAAGAAAGGGGUUGCUGUAGAAGAUGUCAAUGUAACAUUUGAAGAUCAGAAGAAAAUAAAUACAUUUGCCAGAAACACAAAUCGAACGACUGAACUUAAGGAUGAAAUAGAGGCUAAAAAGAAAUCGCUACAGAAUCUGGAGGACGCCAGUGAUGACCUCAUGAUGUGUGAGGACGACUCAUUGUUAAUCCCAUACCAAAUCGGAGACGUCUUCAUCAGUCAUUCUCAAGAGGAAACUCAGGAGAUGUUAGAGACUGCAAAGGAGAAUCUGAAAGAAGAGAUCAAGGUUCUGGAGGGCAGAGUAUCAGCCAUACAGGAAAUUUUGGGUGACUUAAAGGUUCAGCUCUACGCCAAGUUUGGGAACAACAUAAACCUGGAGGCCGAUGAGAACUAAAUUCCUUGCUACAGUGGGGCAUGCUUGCAACAGACUUUUUACAAUGUGUAUUUCACACCUCAUGUCUUACAGUUGGUUCAGAAAGCCCAUUUUUCUUUCACAUUCUUUUUCUUUUCCUUGUUUGUACGUUUGAUGUUUGGUAUGGGCACCUUUAUUUUACACGUUAAACAGUAAGUGAAGAAGAGUGAAAUGUCACAUAGGAGGAUGGACUAUCCUGGGCUGGUGUAUAAUUAAAAUGUUGAAACAGUGGUCAAAAAA